AAAAUGACCCGACCCUAAUGCUUUAACCCCUGAAGGCCUGAACCCAGUUGGCUAACGGAUAGCUUAAACCCUACCCGGAGACUGAAAACCCCCACCGAUGUUCAUUCAUAACUCCAAAUUUCAAGUUCGGAAUUGAAGAGAGAAAGAAAAAUUUUCAACUCAUUAAACUCCAAAGGAAAAUCCCGUUUUAGUUUCCUCCAAGAAAAUAUCAUAGAAAUGUCUUUGAGACACCGGAAUCUCAGAAUAAUUUCAAGCUUCUUGCCCCGUUUUUCCUCAGGCUAUCAUUAUCGACCUUGUAGACAAGUACUCAACUCAGUAGCUUCCUCUUGGAGUCCUUUGCCUCAUCAAUGCAAUGAAAUUAACACUAGAUUUUCCGAGAGAUUUUCUGUCUCUUUUAGGCACUCAACAAUUUCACAACUCUCUCGGGACCCUCCUUCUGAAACUCAUUUAACGUCUUUCAUCGAAUCUACUUUCGAUAAGCUUCGAGGUCCUCAUCAUUUCUGGUUGAAUAGAGUUGCUGAAAACAAAGAUUCUUUGAAGAAGGAUGGGACGUUUUUAGUUGUUGCUGGAAGGUUCUUUGAGAAUGUGGGAUGUGAUCCAGUUGUUAUAUUUGAAAAAGUGAAGUUGCUUCAGCUGAGGUUCUCUUCGCUAUGUGUUAUUGGUUUCCAGGAUUGCAGUUCUAUUUGCUCUGCUGAUGAUCGAAGUCAACUUAUUCAAUUGAUAAUGAAAGAAUACAUUACUUUUCCUAUUUUGUUGUCAACCAAGAACUUUUCUCAGUUGACAGAUGAGGCAUGCUUCAUUUUGUGUAAAGAUUUUAAGAAUCCUCUAGUUAUCCAUGAGAAGGACCUGGAUCUAGCAAUGCUUAACAAAGCCAUUGAGGAGUUAAGCGUGCAAUACCAAGUCAAUAAUAUUGCACUUCAUAAGUUGAAAAGUUCCUGGUCAAAAGAAGCUGAGAUCGUUAAGGAACCCCAUUUUUGCACUGCUCUGCAGAAUUUACUUCUUUACUUCCCUGCAUGUGUCUCUGCGGAUGAAAGUGGCGAGCGCCUGUUCCUUUCUGACAGCAAUCAUCAUCGGCUAAUUAUAUUUGAUGGCAAUGGGAAGAUUUUGGACUGUAUUGGUUCUUGCCCAGGUUUUGAGGAUGGUGAAUUUGAAUCUGCAAAGCUGCUUCGCCCAGCUGCUUCCUUUUAUCAUGCCUCUGAAGAUUGCCUGUAUAUUGUAGAUUCUGAGAAUCAUGCCAUCCGGAGAGCGGAUUUGGAAAGGAGGGUUUUGGAAACAGUUUAUCCAACAUCUAGCAUCAACAAGAAAAGUACUAGUUUGUGGACCUGGAUCAAGACUAAGCUGGGUUUUGUCAGUGACACUGAUGUGAAAUAUGAAGAGCAUGGUUCCCAGACACUAAUGUGUCCUUGGCAUCUGAUAAAGUCUGGGGAAAAUAGUUUUUUAAUUAUCAGUCGAAGCUUCAAAACUGUAUGGGUUAUGGAUUUUGCAUCGAGAGAGAUAAAAGAAGUUGUCAAAGGAUUUCCAAGUACUUUGGAGCUCUGCAGACACUUCAUCAUGGAAAAAGUAUCCCUCUUGAAAAAGAUGCCAAAUUAUCUGUUGCAACAGCAAACUGAUACUGACUUAUCAUCAGAGGGGCUUCCAUAUGCUAGUCUCAUGUCCUGUGUUACAACCUUUCAAAAUCAUAUAAUCAUGUGUGACGCUGUGGGUCAGGGAAUUCUGAAACUAAGUAGAGAGUCUGGAACCGGUUCAAGUUUCAAUUUCUCUAAUCUCAGGAUGCUUGGACUACCCUAUUGGCUGUCCUUCCCUCUGGAAAGAUUUUAUGCUGGGGCUGCAGGAUUUUCUGUCGGACAAGCUGAUCACAUUCAACAAUUCAGUUUGUUGCCAGGUAGGGUUCACAUUCGGUUAAGCAUAGACAUCCCUGCGGACACUGAACUUGUAGAACCUUUGCAUGAAAGUUGCAUAUGGUGCCAAGCAAGGGGAGCGGCUACUGAGCUAUCUUUCGUGGCGGGUGUGGCAGGAUCCUCAGAGAUGGUUGGUAUUGCGCAACAGUGGUAUGAUGAACUGGACAAUCUUGCCUUUUCAACAACUGAAUCAGAACUGGUAAUCGAGGAUGAUUAUGCUACUAAAGAUACAAAUUCUGAAGAUGAGAGAAUUCAAAUUGAUUGUGUUGUUAAUACAAGCCCUGGAACAAGUGAGUUAAAAGGUCAUGCAAGCAGAUGAAGAAUGUCUAAAAUCAUAAAGCACACUGAUGAAUGAUGUAAUAUGGAACAAAACACAGGUGGUCAAGUGAUCCUAAAAUUGAGUUCUUGAGGGUUUUUUUUUUUCCUUUUUUUUUUACAAAAAAGGCUUUGAUAAGGCAAGGGAUUGCAAUUUGCCAAGUGUUUGAAAUUUAAAUUCUAGCUUAUUAGAUUUUUUUUAUUAAAGUACGAGUAAAUUAAUUGUGCUAAGUUUCGAAUUCUGAUUUAUUUUUAAUUUGUUACAAACAUCUUAAAUUCUUGUUAUGGAAAAGAUCAGGCUAUAACAACCCAUAUAUGCUAUGAUAAGAAUUGACCAUCUCAAGUAUUGUGAUAAGAGAUUAAAAUUGUUGAACAAGCCAGGAUGUGCAAACAAUGACUGUCACAUAUUCUUGAUGUAAAUAACUCAAAAUGAAUUCGGAUUCUCCAUUUCAUCUAUUAUGUCUUGUUCUUCAUCUGAUUCACACGUGAAGAAGAAAGCAACAGUAAAAUUGGAAUCUUAAAACCAUAUGCUCUGCAAGAAAA